AAGGUAAAGUAAUGAUUUCGUCAAAUGUGAUUCAUCUCUCUAACGCAUAAAUACAUUACAAGGAUAUAUUUAACACUGGUCGCAAGAGUAACUGCCUAAACGUUCCGCUGCAGAAAUUUCUGUUAAAUUAUUUGCAUACCAUAUUAUCAGAUGCUGAUAUGAACAAUAGUGAUACAGUAAGAUUCCCAAAGCCUCAACCUGAAGAUGAAUGUCAGCAAAGGUAAACGAAACGGAGUAUCACCAUCUGUAUUGAGCAAUGUGGAAUCAGCAUGCAUUAUCAAGAUUCUGGCGUCACAUUUCUCCCGCAACAAUUCCCUGGAAACGUCACAACAAAAAAUUUGAAUUUUCUGUCGUGUCCUACAACAUUCUAAGCCAGUUACUACUGGAAAAUAACAGUUACCUAUACAGAAGUAUCAAAAACGAGUAUUUAAAAUCACAAAGAUUUCAACAAAUCAUUAAAGAGCUAGAAUUAUAUGAUCCUGAUAUUGUUUGUCUGCAGGAGUUUGACCACCAGAUCAGAGCUAAAUUUGCAUCCCACUUCGCUCCAAGAGGUUUUGAAAACAUCUAUCAAAGAAAACCGCACAUACCUUAUCAAGAAAAAGAUGACGGAUGUUUUAUGAUGUACAAAAGAGACAAGUUCAAGCUUAUUAAAAACGCCAGUUUAGGCCUCUACAAAGACACUGAGGGAUUACUUGAUAAACCAAAUUGUGCUCAAAUCGCACUUUUUGAAUGUCAAGAUGGAUCACAGUUAUGUGUAGCUAACACGCACCUAUUGUACAACCCAAGACGGGGUGAUAUAAAGCUUACUCAACUUAGUCUCAUCCUCCAUCACAUUCAACAAGUUGUAAACCCCCUACAGCAAUGUGGCGGAGUACCCGUUAUUUUCUGUGGGGACUUUAACACAGUCCCUAACGCACCGCUCUACAAUCUAAUGAAGUACGGGAAACUGCAGUACUCUGAGUACACCCCCGACAAAAUAUCUGGACAGAAGGGAUCUAAGAAGUUACACAAGGUAGCACCAGGACUCUGGGAUGACAGGGAGAUGGGGUUUCAUGAACAUGGUCUCAUAAAGAGAGCUGAAAAUGAACUGUUGGAAUGUAGAGAAACUUACAGGAGUCUUACCCAGGGUAGCUCUUAUGUUUCACAAGCGUACAGAGACUUGCAAUGUUCAAAGUGCAGUGAUUUGUAUCCUUACAAGAGUGGAUCCAUAUCUCAUAACAUUAAUUUUAGAUCUGCCUACGAUCACAUAGAUUGUGAUGGCCGCACGAAAGAAGUAACCACGUACAUACAGAACGAUUCUAGAACAGUCGACUACAUCUGGUACAGUAACCAUGACAACACCCCCCAGAACUGCGCUCACGGACAUUCUUGUGAUUCUUACUGCAGCUCACCCUUGCUAAUACUGAAAUCAAAAAGGCGGUUGCUAACGAAACCAGAACUCUCUAACAUGGGAAGAUUACCUAACGCAAUCCUUGGUUCGGAUCACCAAUGCUUACAGGCCAUGUUCACACUGUACUCUGACCCUGUACAAGACUCCUCGGGGAGAACAUGGGGGAAUUUAUCUACAGAUUAAGAAUAUUUUGGAUAUAAUCUUCUGUAUUUUAUUUAAAUGAUUUAAAGCCGUCCCAUUUUCGCUGUACUGACCCGUGCAGAAUUCACUCACGGAAACUUGACCCUCACACGGCAUUAACCAUUUGGGAUAUAUUUCAGAAACACUCCUCCCUGUUAUUGUUUGUAAUUUUGUCAUUUUUGACCAGUUUGCAUGCUGUUAAAUUAUAAUUGUAUGCCUUGGGUAUUAAUUAUUAUCUCUUCUCCCUUUCUUAGAAAACCGGGAAAUUUCUCUAGGUUUGCGAGAUGUUUUAUUCAUUUUAAGGGAAACAUUCAUUCUUACGUAUAAAAUAGUCCCGCACUUUUUCGUGGAUUUGAAAUCCUCCCAUAAAUCAUAAAUGAAUCACUGCUAAAUUGUUUGCUACACUCUUUCGCACAAUGUCAAAAGCAAUUAACGAAAAAGCAUUGCAGAUCAUCAAGUUUUUGACCGUCCUAUUUCUAUUGUAUGGUUCUUAGAUAAUUGAGUCAUAUUUUAUUUAAAAUAAUGUAUUAUGCAUCUGGUUUUUAUUGUAGUUGUUUGAUUUACAAGUUCAACAAUGAGUCGAUUUUGAUAAUGAGCAAAUGCUUUUAAAAAAACAAAAUUAAUUUAUUUAAAAACUACAACACACAUCUUAACAUCUAUAACCCAUUACCAAAAUCAAUAACAAAACACUCAAGAACAAAA